AAAAAUUUGUCCAACACAAACAUGUUGUAUUUUUCACAUUGACCGAGGGAGCAAAGUAACUAUAGACUAGAUAGUCGUUAUAUGGACAAAAAUUACAGAAACUGUUGAUUAGUUGCUAUACAACAAAAAAAAUUACAAAAUGAUGCACGUUUGUGUCCAGUAUAACGGCUGCAAUGAUAAAAACGGUCAAGCUAUACAAAGCAAAACAUUUUUUUAUUUCUAGCCUAUCUCAUGAUGACUAUGUUUAUCAAAUUUAUUAUUAAAAAAAAGUGCAUUGUACUUUUUUGGGGGGUUAAAUUUCUCGCUCUGUCAGUUAAACGUUAAGCAAAUUAACUUGAGUUUCUUUUUUAGAAAAAAAAAAGACAAUUCAUUCAUUUGUUAGAAUGUUGACCAUUGAUCGUGCAGGUUUCAGGUUAGCAUACGGAAUUGUUUAUGAAGACGUUUAGGGUGGAAUUCAAGUGGCCGUCAAACGAAUUCACGGGCGCAUUCAUAGAGACCGCAAAGUCCGCAAACAAUAUAGAAUCAGCUGCUGAUGACUUGCUGAGACAAAACAAAAUUUAAAUUAUGUCUUAUCAUUCAUUUAUCAAUGACGGAAUGGCUGAAGGAAGGUAUCGAGUUAGUCGAUUUUAAAAAUAGACAAAGAUAAUAAAGGUGGCUACAAAACAGCCUAUGUACCCGUGACUAUGUGCUUAUAUCAAAUCAUCGUCGAAAAAUCAGAUAAAGGUUUUUUUUAUGACUAGAUUAAAUUUACAAGUCAUAUAGAAGCUGUUAUAUAUUUCUCGCAUCAAAAACCACACCCUUCAGUUGAGCGAAAGUAGACCUAAAUUUAAGUGUUUUUGGCCAGUUAAUUCAUUUGUUACCAUGUUGACCUUUGAUCGUCAAAAGGUUUUAGGAAAGGGAGGUUUUGCCACUGUUUAUGAAGGUGUUUGGGGUGAAACUAAAGUAGCCGUCAAACGAAUUGUUGUAGGGGAUGCCGCAACAACGGAACAAGAAGAGAAGGCACUGAAAAUGUUGCGUCAUAGAAACGUCAUCAAAUUAUUUCACGUGCAGGAGGACCAAGACUUCAAAAUUUUCGUCCUUGAAUUGUGUGAUGCCUCUUUGGAAAAAUUGUUCCUCAAAGAAAAUGACCCGAAAAAAUACCGCUGCCCAAUGCCAACAGAAACAGAAGUCCUACUUCAGUUGGCUAAAGGACUCGAGUACAUUCAUCAAAUGGGAUUAGUCCAUCGCGACAUCAAGCCACAGAACGUACUCAUCAGCUUGGAUUCUGCAACCCAAGAAGUGGUGAUGAAGUGGGCAGAUUUUGGUUACAGUAAACAAGUCAACGAAAGGGGAACUUUCUCGAUGAGCGGUGUUACAGGAACAUACGAUUAUUUCGCACCGGAAAUAUUGAAAUUACUCGACGAGGACAGUUCUACUGAAAACGAAGCUCAGAGAAGAGGAACCGUCCAGAGCGAUGUAUUCGCAGAAGGCCUCGUCUUUGGCUAUUUCCUUUUGGGAGGAGUUCAUCCCUUUGGCACCACAAGUCAUCAAAUUCAAACCAACUUACGAACAAAUGAACCAGCCAAUCUUCCGGAAACGGGAACCGAAGUACAAAAGGGAAAAAUUUGUAAUAAUAUAAUCACUGCAAUGUUAGAAAAAGAACCAAGCAUUCGAAUUACUUCGUCCGUUGUCGUUAAUCAACUCACAAACAUCCUGAGGAAUUCAAGCGUUAGAAUUCAGCAGAUGUUCAAUUUAAUUGCAAAGGGGAAUCCAAGCGUGGAAGAUAUAGGAAAACUGAUUCAAGAAGGUGUGGACCUCAACGUCAAAGACCCAUAUGGAUUGACACCGCUAUUGCGCUUAGCGAACAGCAAAAAGAUAAGUGAUAAUUUUGUAGAAAUAGUUAGUCUCUUGAUAAAAAACGGAGCCAACGUCAAUUCACUUGAUAGCAACGAUAAAAAUGCUCUCCUGUUGUGGUGCAAAAAUCGUAAACAACAUACAAACCAAAGUUUUUUGGCAAUCCUCAAUCUCUUCGUUGAAAAUGGGAUCGAUAUCAAUUGCAAAAAUGAAUACGGAGAUAAUGCUCUAACUUUUUUGUGCCGAAAUUAUAAAAGUGAAAACUUUAUCGACAUUAUUCGAUUUUUCAUUGAAAAUGGAAUCGAUAUCAAUUUUGAAGACCGAAUCCGAGAUAAUGCUCUCAUAAUAUUGUGCAGAAAUUACGAAAAUGAAAAUUUAAUUGACAUUAUUCAACUUUUAAUUAAAAAUCAGAUCGACAUCAAUUGCAAAAACAUUUUCGGAGAAAAUGCGUUCACUUUAUUGUGCGGAAAUUAUAAAAAGGAAAAUUUAAUUGACAUUAUUCGACUUUUCAUUGAUAAUGGGAUCGACAUCAAUUUCAAAACCAACAACGGAGACAAUGCUCUCACUAAAUUGUGCACAUAUAAUAAAAACAAAAGUGUAAUUGGCAUUAUUCGAUUUUUCAUCGAAAAAGGGAUCGAUAUCAAUUCAAAAACCAAAUACGGAAGUAAUGCUCUCACCUUAUUGUGCGAAAAUUAUAAACAGGAAAACUUAAUUGACAUUAUUCGACUUGUCAUUGAAAAUGGGAUCGAUAUCAAUUGCAAAAAUAAAUACGGAAAAAAUGCUCUUACUUUAUUGAGCGCAAAUUAUAAAAACAAAAAUUGUAUUGUCGUUAUAACAUUUUUAAUCAAGAGUGGAUUCAAUGUGACUGAAGAAACGCGUGAUUACUUCCAGAGAAAUUAUUUAAAAAAAAAUCGCAAAGAAAUCUUGCAAUUACUUCAUGUUUAAUAACAUCCAGAUUAACCAGCUACCUACAGUAUAACGAAUGGCCGCCAGUUCAGUUGGAGAGGUGCCUGUAUAUAAAGAAGAUACGGAUUUAUUGCGCAGACGACUGGAUAAAAUCAAACAAGCGCCUGACGAUGUUGCAGAACUCUUCGAGGAAGUUUGCGAUGCUUGGCUGGCAUUUCUCGUCUACGAGUUCAAAGAAGAAUCGCUUGAACAUUCUCGACCAAUGUUGGACGAAGCCAAAGACGAGUUGAAGAAAAUUAAAGAAAAGGGCCUCAGCCCGAAAUAGAGAAAAAACAUCAAUUGAAACAAUUCAAAUAAGUUGGAAAGAUGUGCGAGUUGACGAGAAGAAAACUUUAGACAGAAAUGAAACGCUCGCGCAAUCCUUGAAGAAAUACAUCUUGCAGUUACAUACUGUAUUGCAUGUUUGUGCAUGCGCCGUUAUUUUGAUACAACAAGAUUCUAUUUUGAGUUGGUGACAUCUCCAAGGAAGAUGACCGACUUUUCAGCCAAAGUAAAAAAUGUGGAGAGAAAUGCCAUCGCAAUUAAUAAAUUGGAAGAGUCGCUUCAACUGACGUUAGAAUCCUGCGCUAAGACGCAUUGUCACUCCGCUAAAAUGUACGUCCAAGUUACCGACAAUCAUCUGCGUGAAGAUGAAGCGUCGAAUGACAUCAAGGAAAUGAUUAAGGUCGCCAAAGGCGAUAUGUGUUGAACGGAGACAAAAGUGUGAGCGCAUUCCAGAUGGAAAUGACUGGCAAAUGUCCAUAAUUAAUUUCAUUUGAGAUAUCGACCUGCCCUCCGGUAUCGGCCAAGACGCUCAAGACAAACCUUUAACUGUUGAAAAUUUUGACUUAGACUUAGUUACGAUUCAUGUUUUUAUGAUUCU